AUGCCACAGACCGCGUUGCCCAUGAACCCUGGGAAAUUGCUGAAAAUGGGCAGUGGGCCCAUGGAGCUCAGUUCUGUGGCAGAGAUGCUCAGCGUCCUUCAUGCUGAGAUGCUUCAACGUUUUGAUCAGCAAGAUGUGGUGCUGCAGCAAAUCACUGUCCAGGUCCAGGCCAAAAAGUCACUGAUUCCCGUGGCACAUAUGCGGAGCAGCAGCGAAGGCAGUUCUGCCAAUGCCUCCGUGGGCUUUUCGGAUGCCUCGGGGGGGUCACAUGAGGCUCCGCGUCGGAAGAAGAAGAACGACAGGAAGAAACCGACACUUUUCAGCACCUUCACGCAGAAUGAUUUGUUAAAUUGGAACAAGGCUAUGGACGCAGAGGAGACGGUGCCCCCAGGGUUCCAAUCGGAAGACCCAUCCUCCGUUCACAAGGGAUGGGCGAAGAGCAUCGUGGACCAUUCCAGAUUCGACAUUUUCUUUGCCAUUGUGGUGAUCACCAACAGUAUCUUCAUCGGUGUGGACGUUCAAUUGAAUCCAUCCUCCUACGGUUCAAGGCCUACAUGGAUCCAUGUCCUUCAGAUCUUCUAUACAAUCUUGUUCACCAUUGAAAUGGCAUUCCGGGUGGCUGCCAAUGGCAAGAAGUACUUUUGCUCUAAUGAGUGGGCGUGGGCAGUGCUGGAUCUCUUCAUCGUGGUGAGUUCUUGGUGGGAAGUCUUCGUAGAAGCAUGGUAUGCGGCCGCGGGGGAUGACGGUAGCUUUGACUCCUUUGGAGGGCUCACGGGGUUGAAGGAAUUUAGCGGCUGUUUCGGCCGUGCUUGCUGUGCAAUUUCUGGUCCGAAAGUGUUUUUAUUGACGCUGGCAGUGGGUCCCCCGCGCGGUGCAGCGCAGAAUGGCAUGACCAACACAGAUCGAACGGGCGGGUCAGACGAGGAGUGCAUCAUCAAGAUCCGUGCUCGCUCCCGGCGAUUAGUCUAUGUGGUUUCAGUGCAGGCGAGCACGGUCCUAGAAGAGGAAUUGGGUCGCUUGGGCGAAGUCAAGAAGCUCGACAGUGAAGAUCAGAAGGAACAGGUGGCUCACGACGCAGAGUUCAAGAAGGCAAAGGAAGGACAGAUGUCGAAGGCUGCGAAGAUGACAGAAGCACAUGGCCAGAUGCUGAAUACGCUAUUGCAGAUGCGGGGCAGUGGCGGUAAUGCGCAGAAAAAGCGGCAGUUCGCGGACCGCGUCGUCGCGGCCAUCGACCGAGCCGGUGCGCUGGUAGCGUCCGGCCUUCGGGUCCGUGGGGUGGAGGUGGAUUAA